AUGUCUUCUUUCGACGCCGAGAAAUAUCCCACCUCCAAGCCCGAGCCGCAGGAGUAUGUCGGCGAUGUCUCGUCUACCCCCUUUACGAACGCGGACAAGCUGGCCCGCCGGCUGUCUGCUCGCCAGGUGCAAAUGAUCGCUAUUGGCGGUACUAUCGGCACGGGAUUGUUCCUCGGAACCGGUACCUCUCUCUCCAAAGGCGGACCGGCCUCAACUCUCAUAGCCUACGCCAUCUGCGGUGGCAUUGUUUUCGUCACGAUGCUUUGCCUGGGUGAAAUGGCUGCCUUUGUCCCUGUGGCGGGAUCCUUCUGUACCUAUGCGGGACGAUUUGUUGAUGAUGCAUUGGGGUUUGCAUUGACCUGGAAUUAUUGGUUUAACGAUGCUGUUUCAACUGCGUCGGAUAUUAUUGCUCUCCAGCUGUUGUUGGAGUUUUGGACAGAUAAUUUCCCUGGUUGGGCGAUUAGUUUGAUCUUUUUGGUGGUCGUUAUUGUGCUGAAUGUCCUAUCUGUGCGAGUUUACGGCGAGAUCGAAUAUUGGCUAAGUUUGCUCAAAGUUGUUACGAUCGUGAUCUUUAUUAUUCUCGGUAUUGCUGUCAACUGCGGUGGCAACACUGACCAUGAAUAUAUUGGUGGCAAAUACUGGCAUACCGGCGAUGCGCCCUUCGUGGGCGGCAUUGGUGGAUUCGCUUCAGUCUUCGUCACAGCGUCGUUCGCCUAUGGUGGCACUGAAUCUAUUGCUAUUACGGCUGGUGAAACCAAAGACCCAGCCAAGACCAUGCCCAAGGUUGUGCGGAAUGUUUUCUGGCGCAUUAUCCUAUUCUAUCUGCUUUCCAUUCUGAUCAUCGGACUGAACGUCCCGUACAACUACCCCGGCCUUUCCGAUGGCAAUACCCGUACCAGCCCCUUUACGAUCGUCUUCCAGCAAGCAGGCAGCAGCGUAGCAGGAAGCUUCAUCAAUGCCGUGAUCAUGACAUCUGUGAUCUCAGCCGCCAAUCACGCCCUGUUCGCCGGAUCACGUCUGCUGUACACCCUUGCAGUGGAAGGCUAUGCACCACGCUUCUUUGGGCACUUGAACCGCUUCCACGUACCCUGGGUCGCCGUGCUUGCCACCGCGGUCAUUAGUGGAUUGUGCUUCGGUGCCAGUUACAUUGGAGCAGGAAAACUGUGGUCUUGGCUGCAGAACAUUGUCGGCGUUUCAAACCAAUUGUCGUGGAUUUGCAUUAGUAUUGCUUCUCUGCGCUUCCGGAGCGCGAUUCGCUCCCAGGGCCUGGAGCAUCUGCUUCCCUUCAAGAAUUGGACUUACCCUUUCGGUCCUAUCAUCGCUAUCGGUCUCAACGUCGUGCUCGUGCUUGUACAGGGCUGGGAAUGUUUCAGUCCGUAUUUCAAGCGCGUCGAUUUUGUGUCUUAUUACAUUGAGAUUCCGAUCAUGAUCGUCAUGUUCCUUGCGUGGAAGCUUGUCAAGCGGACACACUUUGUAAGCAAGUCUGAGAUGGAUCUGCACACGGAUCGGUAUGACGGAGGCCAGGAUGAUAGUUAUCGGGUUCAUGAGGAAGAAGAGGAAACCAAGAGGAAGGGAAUUGUUGGCAAGGUCCAGCGAUUCGGACAAUGGUUGUUCCUCUAA